UAAAAAAUUUUGCAUUUUUUCCCAACCCAACCCAGCUCAAACCCAUGGUGAGUCGGGUUGGCUCACGGGUUUCAACCCAUUUUGACGGCACUAUAAUACAUAAUUUGAUAAUAUGAACAAAAUGGUAUUAGAUGAUUUAAAUAUUUAAUCAAAUUCAACCCAAAAUACAACAUAGAAAAAUUGCAAAUGUGAAUAGAUCAAUGGCAGUGGAAAAGAAAACUAGAAAUGAAAACGGCGUCGUGCGUUACCAAGGGGUUAUUCACAAACUCACUUGUACUGCUCUAGUUUUCUUUGAGCAUGCAACUCGAAUGUGGGAGCUUCUUCAAACUAGAAUGUGUUUGCGAUAUUCAGAGGCCCUUCUUCUUCAUCAACCAUGGAAGAAGAAGGUAGGGUUCUGUUCAUUGUCCAUCGUUGAUGGCCGUAAUUGCCUUCUAAAUCUGUUAGAGAUCGAGAAGGUUCUGACGAAUAUCAAAGUUAAUGACGUUAAGGUGAUACCGAUUCCCAAGCACUGUGAUUGGGAUGAUUUCAUGGUUCUCGCCACUGGCGGGUCCACUUGGCAUGUCAAGAACAUAGCCCAAGCCCUAAUUUACAAGGCACCACACCCUCCUUUCUUCGCCCCCUUUAUUGCUAUAUUUUCAUUAUCGAUUUUCGAUUGAAACUUGAAAGUGGUUUUCAUUUUUGUUUUUCUUCCGACUUAUGUAUAUUUGUUUUUGUCCAUGCAAUUGUCUCUGUCGGUUCUCCAACCUCCUCGUUAUCUCCGAAACCCCUUCAAUUCUUGUUCCCACACCAUUGGGACUUGACCCCGGAGGCUGCGAUCGUGAGUGGCUGCGUUUCAGGAGGAAGACAUUGUAUACAACCAACACUAUGGCGGCGGUUCCCACCACCACAAGACCGUAGUACAACAUGGCAUGUUGUUGUUGUUGUUGUCAAAAGAGGAAGAGGGCGGAGGAAGGGAUGAAAUUGUGAAAGGGCUUAGAACACAUAGUAGAACCGAAUACGACGCGCAGAACUGAAUACACGAUGUAUGCAAUUUCUUGUAAGCACUGGAACCAGAUACGUGAUAUCUGGAACCGAAUACACGUGCUUUGCAAUUUCUACUAAAAGCUGGAACCGGAUAUGCCAUAGAUAGAGAACCGAAUACACGACCAUCUUCUUGAAGAACUGAAACUGAAUACAUGAAGAACAACUUAACUCUUCUUCAACCGCUGCUUCAAGCUCCUUCUUCAUCUGCUGCUUCAAGUUCCUUCUUCAUCAUCCAUGAACCCCUUUCUUCGUCAUCUCAGCUCCAACAUGCAACAACCACAUCAAAAUCUCAAAGAAAGAUUACCUACAUGACUUUUACAAAUAAAUUAGUGCAAAUCUACGCACUUAAGCGAGACAGUUAAAUUGGUUAUAUCUUGCAAAUCAGCAGUUUUCUUCCCUCGCAAAUCAGCACAAACAAACAAGAAAAAUCACUCAAAUCAUUCUUCAAUUUUUUUAUAAAUAGUACUUUCCCUUCAAGUAAACACGGUCUUUAAAUGAACACAUUUUACU